AUGAGUGUAUUUAAGAAUGACAAGAAGGUUCAAUCUGUGCUAGCGAUACCUUUCAAGAGGAUUACAUGUCGCGUGUGUAACAUGGCUUACUGUUCACAAGUACGCGCUGAUGUGGAAAUACACAAGAAAUAUCACACACAAUUCACAAGUGGUGUGACCUGGCCCCGUUCGCUUAAUGCUGAACCGUUGAGCUCAUUCGUUGUAAUACGUAAAGAGAAGUCUAGCACUUUGGGAAACUUAAAAAGCUCAAUCACCUCCAAGCGUUUCAAGGUACACAUUCAAACAAUUGAUAAACACAACAAGAAGCAAAUUGAAAAAGUAGAGCAGAUUCUAAAUAUGGCCAAUAAGGAGCUAAAUGCCACUGAAGAUUCAAAAGAGUGGACGUCAAGCAAAUUUGAGUCUAGUAAAGCGUUUGUCGUUUUAGUUGAAGGUAAAGCUAUUGGUCUAUGUACGACAGAUUCUAUAAAUGAGGCGAAAUGGAUGAUUCACAAAACUCAAACUAUUGUUCCCAAUCAGGUUGUAAAUAAUAUACGUGUAGGUAUAUCCCGUAUUUGGAUUUCAGCCGAUUGGAGACAACAAGGAUUGGCAAGGGAAUUGUUAAAUUGUGUUAUGGCAAAUUCCAUCUACGGGCAAGUUUUGCGCAGGAGCCAAAUUGCCUUUAGUCAACCUAGUUAUGGUGGCGGAUUAUUGGCCAAGUCAUUCAAUGGCAUUGUUCACAAAAGCGGGGAAUUAUUAAUACCAGUGUACUUUGAGAAAUGA